AUGCUUGGCGCAUCGCGGGCGUUCUCACCUCGUGACGCUCUUCCGUUCUUUUUUUUCGACGGCCACGCCGGUCGCUUUGUUGAAGCCGCGAUGGUUUUUGUUGCUCUUUUUGGGGUAAACGCAGAGAAAGAACCGAUUCCAGUGCUGCCGACCGUCCACUACAACAUGGGCGGCAUCCCGACCAACUGGCGAGCGCAAGUUCUCACCACCUCGCGUUCCAAGAGUGGAGGCCCAGACAAGAUUGUUCGCGGGCUCUACGCGGCGGGAGAGGCUGCAUGCGCUUCCGUGCACGGGGCGAACCGUCUGGGUGCGAACUCGCUGCUGGACAUCGUCGUCUUCGGCCGUGAAGCCGCGCGGACGAUCGCUGAGGAGUGCAAGAAAGACACCUCGGCGCCAUCGCUGCCUCCCAACGCAGGAGACGAGACGCUCGCGAUGGUGGAUCGCGUGCGCCAUGCGAACGGCCCGUUGAGUACGGCGCAAAUCCGCCAGCGCAUGCAGAAGACUAUGCAGGACCACGCGGCAGUAUUUCGCACUGGCCCGGUGUUGAAAGAAGGCGUGGAGAUGAUGAAGGACGUGGCAAAAAGCUUUGCAGAUGUGGGUGUGAAAGACCGAUCGCUGUCCUGGAACACAGAUCUCAUCGAGACUCUGGAAUUGCAGAAUCUCCUGACGCAGGCUGUGCAGACGAUUGUCGGUGCAGAGGCCCGCAAGGAGAGUCGCGGCGCGCAUGCACGCGAAGAUUUCAAGGAACGCGAUGACCAGAACUGGAUGAAGCACACGUUGUCGUGGCAGACACACCGGGACGUCGCGCAGGCCGAGUUUCCCUUGACGUAUCGCCAGGUCAUCUCGCAGCCUCUGGACAACGAAAUGGAGCACAUUCCGCCGGCGAAGCGCGUGUAUUAG